AUGGUCCAGUCCAUUAUCAACAAGAUGUACAACAGCAGCCACAACAACUCCUCAGCUCCUUCUUCACCACUCAAUCCUCCAUCCUCAUCCUCACCCUCAUCCCCACCGCGUACACCAUCCUCAUCACCCUCACUCGCAUCACCGCCCAACGUCAAGAGGAAGGAUGGCCCCUCCACCUCUCUCGCCAACGAUGAUGAUGUCUUGCCACCUCCCUCCAAGGCCGCAAGGCAUUUGAACGAGGCCGAUAUCUCCAACCAAACGCGCGGCCAUUCAGUAAAGAACUUGCCAUCUGAGAUUCUUUUAAUGAUUGCAACGUUUUUGGUAAGGAAGGACGUUGUACAGUGCAUGCUUGCCUGCAAAAACUGGCAGCAUGCACUUUGCCUUUAUAUCUGGACGGAGAUUGGAAGGAAUCAAUGGAUGAAUCCAUUGUUCCCUCUGGUCGACGGAAAGAUAGACGAUGAUGUAUCUUUCGAUCAUCGUCGUCGGCAAGUCCGCAAGCUGGAGUGGAGCGAGAAUGACAACCUCAAUCUCUCCAGUGAGAGGAUGGCAACCAUGUUGCCAUUGAUGCCGGGCCUGAAAAAACUGUCUCUCACAGCAGCGGUUUUCCAGGCCCCAAGAACCCUUCUCUCCGUCUUACGAAACCAUCGAUUGCUUACAAUGGUGACAAGUGUGGACUUGCACCUGCGGCAAUUUGACGGCGAGGACGCGUUGCCGGUUCGUGAGGUCGUUCAAGGAUGCGAAGACCUUGAACACCUGGGCAUCAACGGAACAUGGUUCCGGGACGAGACCCAACAGGAGAUUAAAGCGCAUCCUGGAUUCUGGAAAAUUCAAAGUUUGUCAGUUCCGAGGACGCACUUGGGCCUGCUCUACAGAUGCCCUGAUCUCCUCGCCCUCGCGCUCACUUCCAAUCUCACCAACGAAGUCGAAACCGAUAUCCGACCCAUCGCCCAGUGCUUGAAGUUAGAGCGGUUGAAGUUUGUUGGACGAGUGGGUUUUGCUGUCGACGGUUUUGCAGCCGUUCUUCCCCAGAUGCGUUGUCUAACUUUGUUAGUCAUUGACCACAUCCAGCAAGAUCGCUUUGGUCAGCUUGAAGGGUUGAGAGACAACAAGAACGCCCCGGGGUUGAAGGGGUUUGAGUUAGGUCGAGUUGCGACGCCUGUCCAGGCCCAAGAGUUACUUACGGAAGUCAACCAAGCAAUGGUUAUAUCCAUCCUGCGUGCGCGGCCCGAUCUGACCAACUUCAAGCUUAAGGGAUACACCGUCGAUGUAUUCCGGUUCUUCAGUUUGGAAGAAGACGGUCAGUCCAUGCCAUCAUGCCCAUGUCCACAAGUCCGGGAGCUCUGGCUCGAAAUCCAUGGAGCAUUGGAGGUCAGCGCGGAUAUUAUGCAGCGAAACUUGGAGCUCACGUAUAAACAGGUUAGCCGCAUCAAGAGCCUACAGUCGCUCACUUUAAAAUGCACCAGGUUGGACGCCAGCAACACAAGUGGGCUUAACUUCUUGACCAACGCGACCAAACUGAAGGAGCUCAGACUGAGCAACCCCUCGGGGCACGUUUGGUCGCUGUCGGAGAUAACGAACCUGAUGGAGGUCGUUCCUAGAUUGCAAAUCCUUGACUUGAUGCCUCUAACACGCCAGGAUCGUGGCAAAGUCAACAAGUACUUCCGCGACCGUGGCAAGGGUUUCUUGUGUUUCUAA